AUGAAAGAUUUAUUAGACUCAGAUGGAGAGUCAGGGAGUUUUCAGGAUGACGAUAUAUUGAAGAUAAACGAAGAAUAUAAAAGAAAUUAUGAUGAAAGAAAAAGAAAAGAAGCUUUGUCAAGAGCUAAGGAGCUUUUAAAGAAUGAUAAAGAAGGAGAAGAUGGAGUUGAGUCUUAUUCUGACUCAGAUUCAUCAGAUGAAGAUGAGGAUUCUGAUGCAGAACUUUUAGAUUUUAAAACACAAAGUAAGAUACUUGAAACUUUGGAUAAGAUAAAAAAGAAAGAUCCAAGCAUUUACGAUAAUUCACAUGUAAUAUUUUCAGACUCUGAGUCUGUUUCUGAAUGUGAGACUAAAUCUGAUGAAUCUAAUACUUUAAAAUGUAGUAAAAGAAUGACUUUUAAGGAUUACGAGAGGAAUAUUUUACUAGGCUCUCAAAAAGAUGAGGAUAAUAAUGAAACAGUUAAAAAAGGAAUAUCAAAAAAGUUAGGGUAUGACAAGGAACAAGAUGAACUCAAGAAAGCGUUUCUCAAAGCAGCAGAAGGAUUGGAAGAUAGUGGAGACGAAUUUUCUGAAACAUUAAUUAAAAAGGAUAAGACUAAAGAAGAAUUAGAAGAGGAAGAAAGGAACUUUAAGUCCUUUCUUACACGUAAUAUAGAGGAAGGAGGAGAUCCUAUUGAAUCUUUAAAUAGGUAUUGGGGUCCAGAGGAGGAUUUGGAUGAAAAUGAGAAGUUUCUAAGGAAUUAUAUACUAAAUCAAGAAUGGAAGGAAUCAAACAACCAGACUAGAAUCAACGAUGAUGUUUCGUCACAUCAUAUAAUUGAGACAGAACUAGAUGAAGAAGAUGAGAAACAUUUAGAGAUGUCAAAUGAGUUUGAAAGUGUAUACAAUUUCAGGUAUGAAGAACCAGGAGCUAAUCAACAGAUUUUGGGAUACUCUAGAAAUAUAUCAUCUUUAAGAAAGACAGAUGAUCGUAGAAAAUUGAAAAGAAAGGAAAAGAAAGAAAGAAAAGCUGAGGAAAAGCUUAGGAUGGAAGAGGAGUUGAAGCUCUUGAAGAGCAUGAAGAGGAAGGAGAUUAUUGAAAAGCUUAAAAAGAUUCAAGAAAUCUCAGGUAUUAGGAGUAUUUCUGAUAAAAAGCUGGACUUGGAAGGAGAGUUUGACCCUGAUAAACAUGAUCGGUAUAUGGAGGAACUCUUUGAUGACGAUUAUAAUGAUGAGAAGGAGAGUCUUUCAUUACACGAGAUUUUGAAGAAUAAUGAAGAAUCGGAUGAUGAUAAAGAUGGAACUAUUAAAAGAGAUUCCAAAAAACACAAAAACAAACCUUCAGUUGAAAAAAACCAAUUAAAUGAUGAAUCAGAAACGAUGCCAUCUAGUUAUGAGGAUAAUUAUGAAUGGUGGCAAUGUGAUGGCUGUUUGAAGGAGAUUCUUCCAAAUAAGAAAAAAUUUGAUUGUACAGUUUGUGAAAACUUUACUCUUUGUAAAUCUUGUUGUAGAAAUACUGACCAUGAGCAUCCUCUUGAAAAGAGCCGUGUACCAGAAUCAAAUGGCAUAGGAGGAAUAAAUGGCUACAAUGAAGAUGUUGAUAUUGAUAAUAAGGUAAAACCAAAUAGAUUAAGUCUCAGUUACGGAGAUAAUGAAAAAAUUAACAGUCUUUUGGACGAGUAUUACGGACUUCAUUUUGAAGAUGUUCUUGAUAAUGGUAAGAUGCCAGUUAGAUUUAAAUACACCAAAGUUGAAAAAAAUGACUAUGGACUCAGUAUUGAAGAUAUUUUAUCUAUGGAUGAUAAAGAGUUGAAUCAACAUAUCUCUCUGAAAAAGCUGGCUCCUUAUAGAGUUGACAAAAAGAGAAAGUAUUCACCACCAGCACGUUCUUUAAAAGAAGACAAAUCUUCAAAUAAGAUGAACAAAAGGCAUCAUAAUAAGGGUAAUUUCAAACGAAGUUAUUCAAAUAAUAAGAAUUCUCCAAAUCUAACCCAUAUUAAUAAGCAUCGUCUUGAAUCUUACUAUUAA